UCCAUCAACAUUGCAGCUUGUGCAGAACAGUGCUAACCUACCCAUGGUGAUAAAGCCUCUCUAUGGAAUCUUGUCUGAUGCUCUUUAUAUUGGUGGUGGUCACAGAGAAUACCUUAUAUUUGUAUUGGAGUCAUUUUGCAGGUUUUAUCUUGGGGGCCAUUGGCGUUGAUCCCAUUGGCAAGUGAAGCCCUUCCUACUCUCAUGGCAUGCGUACUUCUCAGUAAUCUCGGAGCAUCCAUUGCAGAAGUAGUGAAGGACGCUCUUGUUGCUGAGUACGGCCAAAAGCACAAAAUGUGUGGUCUCCAAUCUUAUGCAUUUAUGGCCUUAGCUUCCGGUGGAAUCAUAGGAAACUUACUUGGCGGUUUUUUCUUACUGAAAACACAAAAUCCCAAAUCCAUGUUCCUAGUCUUCACUGCUUUUCUUUCUCUCCAACUCACAAUUUCUCUUGCGACAAGAGAGGAUUCUAUUGGUUUACCUCAAUCAUCACCCCACAGUCUUGCGAAGAAAUCUAUUUCAGAUAGUAUUAGAAAACAGUAUUCCGAUCUUAUCAUGGCAAUUAGCGAAGAAACCCUCUGUCACCCUCUUACUUGGAUUGUAGCUUCGAUUGCCAUUGUCCCAAUCUUGUCGGGUCCAAUUUUUUGCUGCCAAACACAAUGCCUAAAUCUCGACCCUUCAAUAAUUGGGAUGUCGCGAGUGACUGGCCAAUUGAUGAUUGUUUCCAUAACUUUAAUCUAUGACCGUUUCUGGAAAAGCAUUUCCAUGAGAAAACUAAUCGGUAUAGUCCAAAUUCUAUACGCUUCUUCGCUUCUUCUUGACCUCAUGUUAGUGAAGCAGAUCAAUCUGAAACUGGGAAUUCCAAAUGACGUGUUUGCCCUUUGUUUUUCGGGUUUAGCAGAAAUCAUUGCACAAUUUAAAGUCUUGCCAUUCCUAGUGCUUUUUGCAAGUUUGGCUCCAACAGGUUGCGAAGGUUCUCUCAUUUCUUUCUUGGCCUCGGCAUUGUGUUUAUCAUCAAUUGUUAGCGGGUUUUUGGGCAUUGGAUUGGCUUCUCUUCUUGGAAUAAGAUCAGGUGAUUACUCAAGCCUCCCUGCGGGAAUUCUGAUACAGUUUCUUGCAGCUUUAGUGCCACUGGGAUGGAUUUAUAACGUCCCGUCGUUACAACCUAUAGCUGUGAAGGAAAAUAAGAGAGGUAGGAGUAAAAGAACUCGACGAAAUAGAAGGGUUGGAAGAGUUGGUUUUGAUUCAGUUUAUGACUACAGGAGAGAACGAGAAUCUGAGGCACAGAAGUGAAAGGUCUGGUUUUGAUUCAAGCAGUUUUAGAGAACACUGGUCAAAGAAAGUUCUCCGAAGAAAACAGUUUUAGAAAACAUUUUGAAGUAAGUAGUUGGUGCAUCAUUUUGAAUUUUGAUUGCUGUUGUAAAAGAAUUACCUCCCAAUUUGUCAGUUGAAGAUAUAUGGGCCUAGAUUUUCAGUCCAGCGAGAAAUCUCUAAAUUCUCACAUUCCAAGUGCGAUCACUCGCAGAAAAGUACCUCGAAAAUGAAAUGUGUGGAUAAAGAUUUAUUCUGGUUGAUACAUUUCAUUUUUGGGGUACUUUUUUGAGGUAGCAAAAUUCUUGAGACCUUCUGGGAACGAGCAGCAUCUGAGGUCUCUCAAGAGGACAGUAGCUAAAAACAAUUCUCAAAGGAUCAACAGUGGAUCUGAUUCAGGCAUCAAACUGAGAUUUUUCAUCGAAAUUUUUUUCAGUGGUCUUGAUUCCUGAGUACUACAAUGCGAGGUGCGAAAGUGGAUGCAUAAAUGGGUCAACUUUGUCCUUCGCCCAACCAAUUAAUGAAGGUAAGAUCGACUUCGCUCAUUUCGUGACUUUCAUAUUCUUGCUCCAUUUUGUUGAUAUUUGUACUGGGUCAAGUGUUAUUUCAAGUUGGGUAUUUAUUA